UAAUAGCACCUUCUUCUUCAAUUCAAUUCAAUUCAAUUCAAUUUCUUCUUCUUCUUCUUCUUCUUCUCUCUCUCUCUCUCUCUCUCUCUCCUGAAACCUUGCAUCGAAUCUAGGUCACCGCCAUCGGCAAUGGCGGACUUGCCGGAAAAUCGCCGUCGCUCUUCUUCCAGUUCAUCCAGUUCGAGCGAUCUCUCGGUCAGAGUGGAGCGUGAGCUUGGUGAUGGAAACAACGGAAGCACCGGCAAGGACGUUGAGGAGAAAUCAGAUGCUGUUGGUAAUGGAGACUCCAUUGAUAACUGUGGCAGUAGCUCUUCAGUCUCAGGCAUUCCUGGGGGGUUGCCCAAAGUUACUACACUUCCACCAGACAUAUCUCAUGGAGAUAAAUCGGAGUCAAGUCCAAGUAAUUUCAAGUUAGAAAAGUCAAAAACAGAGAGGCAUAGACAUCUAAGGCCUGGAGAUGCAGCCCAAAUUUUCAAUGACAAAAUUCCUGUCCAGGAGAAGCUUAAAUUGUUGAACAGAAUAGCUACCGUAAAAGAUGAUGGAACUGUAGAAUUUGAAGUUCCAGGAGAUGUUGAACCUGAAGCUUUUGGUGCUCGAUCCAAACAUGUAAAUAAUGUUGUUGAUGGUUCACUCGAUGCAACAGACCUCCACUACAUCCCACCAUUGAAUAUAGUGAUGCUUAUUGUUGGCACACGAGGAGAUGUGCAGCCAUUUGUCGCAAUAGGAAAACGCUUACAGGACUAUGGCCAUCGUGUUAGAUUAGCUACUCAUUCAAAUUUUAAGGAGUUUGUUUUGACAGCUGGGCUGGAGUUCUAUCCGUUAGGCGGAGAUCCAAAAGUUCUUGCUGGCUAUAUGGUUAAAAAUAAGGGCUUUCUGCCAUCGGGACCUUCUGAGAUACCUGUUCAGCGAAAUCAAAUGAAAGAAAUCAUCAACUCUUUACUUUCAGCUUGUAAAGAUUCUGAUCUUGAUUCUGGUGUCGACUUUAAAGCAGAUGCAAUUAUUGCCAAUCCCCCAGCAUACGGGCAUACCCAUGUGGCUGAGGCACUUAAAAUUCCAAUUCAUAUUUUUUUCACAAUGCCAUGGACGCCAACUGCUGAAUUUCCACAUCCUUUGUCUCGUGUAAAGCAACCGGCUGGUUACAGGCUUUCAUAUCAAAUAGUUGACUCAUUAAUUUGGCUCGGAAUACGAGACAUGAUUAAUGACCUUAGGAAGAAAAGGUUGAAGCUACGACCAGUCACAUAUUUAAGUGGCUCCCAAGGCUCUGACACUGAUAUUCCGCAUGCGUAUAUAUGGAGUCCUCAUCUUGUUCCCAAACCAAAAGAUUGGGGACCAAAAAUUGAUGUAGUAGGGUUUUGCUUUCUUGAUCUAGCAUCAAACUUUGAACCUCCUGAGACUCUUGUAAAGUGGCUUGAAGAUGGUGAUAAGCCUAUUUACAUUGGAUUUGGUAGCCUGCCUGUACAAGAACCAAAAAAGAUGACAGAAAUAAUUGUAGAAGCACUGGAGACCACUGGACAGAGGGGCAUCAUCAACAAAGGAUGGGGAGGUCUUGGGAAUUUGGCAGAACCAAAGGACAAUAUAUACUUAUUGGAUAAUAUUCCUCAUGAUUGGCUAUUCUUACAUUGCAAGGCCGUGGUGCAUCAUGGAGGUGCAGGAACAACAGCAGCUGGGUUGAAAGCUGCUUGCCCAACGACCAUUGUUCCUUUUUUUGGUGAUCAACCUUUUUGGGGUGACAGAGUACAUGAUAGAGGAGUUGGACCUCCACCUAUCCCAGUUGAUGAGUUUUCACUUCCCAAGUUGGUUAAUGCUAUAAACUUUAUGCUAGAUCCCAAGGUGAAGGAGCGCGCAAUUGAACUUGCUAAGGCCAUGGAAAACGAAGAUGGAGUGACUGGAGCUGUGAAAGCAUUUUUUAAGCAGCUUCCUCAAACUCGAAAUAAAACUGAGCCCGAUCAACAGCCUCUGCCAUCAAGUGUUUUCUCUAUAAGCAGAUGUUUUGGUUGUUCCUGAUUCAUUGCAAGUAGGUCAAACCCUACCCUUUUGUUGAUCUAUAAUAGUGGAGAUCACAUACUGUUACUGCAUCUAUGGGUUGUGAGCGUCCUGUCACCCUUCCAUGUAAUUGCAUAUUUCCGUGCAAGCUUCUAUUCACAGUAUUCAACUUAAGCUUCAUGUAUAUGUAAAAUUUCUGUUGUGUUUAAUUGAUAAUGCUUUUAUUUUCUAUUUUUUUUGUUUUGCAAUUGAUAAUAGAUCCCUUUUAUACCAUGACCUGAUUGUUCGGUGUAAACGAGCCUCUUGUUGGAAAUAAUUGUAUGUCAUAUGAAAUAGCUGCCUAGUUUACA